AUGCUUCGAAGCUCAAGCCUUCCCUGGAGGGGCGCAUUACGCCGAACAAUUCUAAACAUACAAUGCAGAUCUCGCCUUAUCCCAAUUAGGCUUGCCGCUCAAGUACCUCCAGAGUUUCGGCCGUCAAUCCUUACGAGGUCCAGCCCCUCCUAUGCACAUCCUUUCUCUUCGAGCCCGGCCCGACGGAAAGAGAAACCAACACCUCCGCAACAGAAAAAGGAGCGUGAAGAGAAGACCGAUACAAAUGUUGAGGAGCGGCCAAAACAGGAGGAAUCAUUAGAUAAAGAUGGAAAGCCCUCAGAAGGCCCGGCACCGAUUCCACCGUCUGGCGGACCAAGUGAAUCCCGACCAAGUGGUGCCGGCGCGGGAGGUGGCUCAGGUUCGUCUGGGGCUGGUGAUGGCGGAAGCAAAAGAGGGAGGAAAAGUGCCGCGGAUCGGGCGCUUCAGAAACCGUCAAUUCCAGACGUGUAUCCGCAGGUUAUGGCUAUUCCGAUCGCGAGGAGGCCCUUAUUCCCUGGUUUUUACAAAGCAAUUACAAUCAAAGACCCCAAUGUUGUUGCCGCAAUCCAGGAAAUGAUGAAGCGCGGACAGCCAUAUGUCGGUGCGUUCUUGUUCAAGGAUGAAAACGCCGACAAAGAUAUCAUUGAAAGCAUGGAUGAUGUCCAUGACGUCGGAGUUUUUGCUCAAGUGACAAGCGCUUUCCCAGUCCAUGGCGAUGAGAACGGAUUGACUGCUGUACUAUAUCCUCAUCGCAGGAUAAAGAUGUCUUCUCUAAUACCGCCGCAAGAGAAACCACCUAAAGAGGAGGCGGAUUCACAAACUUCGAAGGAUACGUCGCAAGAGAAGCAGGGAGACGUCGUCGCAAGUUUUGAAGAGGCCACAGUCGAACAACCCUCGAAGGAAGUUCUUAAUUACGAGCCAACAUCGUUUCUACGCAAGUACCCUGUCAGCAUAGUUAACGUGGAUAACCUCACUGAAGAACCUGUCGAUAAGAAGAGCCCUGUUAUCCGUGCUGUCACGAGUGAGAUUGUCAAUGUCUUCAAGGAUGUGGCGAACUUGAAUCCGUUGUUCCGUGAUCAGAUUUCCACCUUCUCCAUGAGCCAAUCCGCCGGUAAUGUAAUAGAAGAGCCAGCUAAACUAGCCGAUUUUGCCGCAGCUGUGUCUGCCGGAGAAAUAAAAGAACUUCAAGAUGUUCUGGAAACAAUGAAUAUCGAAGAACGUCUAUCCAAGGCUCUUGUGGUGCUGAAGAAAGAACUCAUGAACGCCCAGCUACAGUCAAAAAUAUCAAAGGACGUGGAAGCCAAGAUACAAAAACGACAGCGAGAAUAUUGGCUGAUGGAGCAAAUGAAGGGAAUUAGGAGAGAGCUUGGUAUUGAGUCUGAUGGAAAAGACAAGCUGGUGGAGAAAUUCAAAGAAAAGGCAGAGAAGCUGGCAAUGCCAGAAGCAGUGAAAAAGGUAUUUGACGAGGAGCUAAACAAACUAGCACACCUGGAGCCGGCUGCAUCUGAAUUCAACGUUACUCGAAAUUAUCUCGACUGGAUCACACAGAUUCCAUGGGGUAAAAGAAGCGCUGAGAAUUUUGGAAUUAAAAACGCGGUGAAGGUUCUGGAUGAGGAUCACUAUGGGCUGCAAGAUGUCAAGGACCGUAUCUUGGAGUUCAUCGCGGUUGGAAAACUACGUGGAAGCGUAGAGGGUAAAAUUCUCUGCUUCGUCGGCCCGCCUGGUGUGGGCAAAACCAGCAUCGGAAAAUCCAUCGCUCGUGCUCUUAACAGACAAUAUUAUCGAUUCAGCGUUGGUGGCCUGACGGACGUGGCGGAAAUCAAAGGUCAUCGACGAACUUAUGUCGGUGCUUUACCUGGACGAAUUAUCCAAGCGCUCAAGAAAUGUCAAACGGAGAACCCCCUCAUCCUCAUAGACGAAAUCGACAAGAUUGGACGUGGACAUCAAGGAGAUCCAGCUUCAGCUCUGCUCGAACUUCUGGAUCCUGAGCAAAAUUCUUCUUUCCUAGAUCAUUACAUGGAUGUUCCUGUGGAUUUGUCAAAAGUUCUUUUCGUUUGUACAGCAAAUAUGACGGACACGAUCCCGCGGCCGCUAUUAGACCGUAUGGAGACGAUCGAAUUAUCUGGCUACGUUGCAGACGAAAAGAUGGCGAUUGCUGAGCGGUAUCUAGCACCUGCCGCGAAGGAGAUGAGUGGACUAAAGGACGUCGACGUGAAGUUGGAGGAAAACGCCAUCGAAGAGCUCAUCAAGUCUUAUUGCCGAGAAAGCGGGGUGCGGAACUUGAAAAAACAAAUCGAAAAAGUCUAUAGAAAGGCAGCUUUGAGGAUUAUCAAGGAUCUACGUGAGGAAGAGCCCACCGAGGAAGACGUGGUGAGAGAAGAAGUUCGGGCAGCACAGGAAUCUGCGAAGAACGAGGAGGAAGCGGAAACAUUAAGCCAGGAGACUCCCUUACUCCCAGCAAAGGUUCCGGAAGACGUGCAUGUCAACAUCACGAAAGACAACCUGAAGGAUUAUGUCGGUCCACCAGUUUUCACCUCCGAUCGAUUGUAUGAGGUCACUCCACCCGGUGUGGCCAUGGGUUUGGCGUGGACGAGCAUGGGCGGUGCAGCGCUCUAUGUUGAAUCCAUUCUGCAAUCAGCAUUGACACCAUCAUCACAGCCGGGCUUUGAACAAACAGGGAAUUUGAUGACCGUCAUGAAAGAGUCAACGGUUAUUGCAUACUCCUUUGCCAAGUCUAUCGUGGCCAAAGAUUUCCCAGAGAACAAAUUCUUUGAGAAGGCUAAACUCCAUCUCCAUUGUCCUGAAGGUGCGGUUCAAAAAGAUGGCCCUUCUGCUGGAAUAACUAUGGCCACUUCAUUGCUGUCUCUCGCGUUUAACCAGCCCAUCGAUCCAACCAUUGCGAUGACGGGAGAGCUUACCGUUACGGGUAAAGUGUUGCGGAUUGGCGGGCUCCGGGAGAAGACUGUUGCCGCUCGCCGUGCUGGAGCCAAAACCAUCAUCUUCCCUGCGGACAAUCUAUCCGAUUGGCUUGAACUGCCUCAGAAUAUAAAAGAGGGCAUUGAAGGCCAUGCUGUCAGCUGGUACUCCGAAGUCUUUGAUCUUAUUUUCAAGGGGCUUGAUCGAACGCAAGCGAACAGCGUAUGGAAGGCUCAGCUGAUCGAGCCAGAGAAAUCCGAUGAAAAGAAAUGA